UUUCGCUUUCCAUUGUUUAUUUCCUUAAUGUGGUUUUCUUCCUUCCAGUUCAUUUCUUUGCAUUCCUUUUUUUCCUUCCCCUUUCUCUUCUUAUCAAAUGACUUAUCUUUAGUUUCCUUUCCUUUUCAGUCCCUUUUCUUUCAUUUCUUUUUAUUGUUUUUCUGGUGCUUUGCUUUGCUCUUUGGUUUUCCUUUCAUACCUUUGCUUUGCAUUUUGCAUGGCUUCAUGGUUUUCUCGCUUUGCUUUGGUUUCCUUUCUUCUUUCCUUGUUUGCUUUUCUUUCUGUGGCUUUGCUUGUAUCCUUAUUGUCAUUUUUUUUUCUUUGAACAAUUUUGGAUGGCAGUUUUUUUCUUGUUGAAUUUCUUUGAGUCCUUUGCUUUGCCACGAUACGGCAUUCUGUUUUUCCUUUUCCUUGGUAUUUCAUUGCUUUGCUAUGCCUUUUAGUUUUGCUUUUUUUUUUCCCCUUUCCAUUUUGCUUUUCUUUACUGCUCCUUUCAUUUUUCCUUCUACUGUUUCUUUUCCUUUUGUUGGUUCUUUUCCAUUCCUGCCCUUUUCAAGCUAGUUCUCUUUGCAUUCCUUUGUGAUUCCCUUUUUCAUCCUUUACAUUUUUCUCUUCCUUCCCUUCCUUCUCUCCUUCCUUGUCCCCAUGCUCGUCACCUUCCCCUUACCUCGCCUUUACUUACCUGCUAUUAGCCCUCCUGAUCCUUCAUUUUUAUUUUUCCUUUUCUUUUUCUUUUUGCUUUUUCUUUGCAUUCCAUUUGUUGUUUUGCUUUGCUUUUUCUUUAUUUGGUUUUCCAUAUUUUUUGUUUUUGUGGGGGUUUGUUUGUUUGUUUGUGUCUUUUUAGUUUUUUAUGGAAUUUUUUUUGAAUGAAUUAUCUUUGCUUCCCUUGCCUUCUCUUGUUGUUUCCUUCUCAAUGGCUCAGAUGGCUUCUCGCCUCCUGGGUGCCCUUGCCUCUUUCCUUGCCAUGGCCUUGAGGCUUUUCCUCAGCUGGCUGGCUGAUCCGUCCCUGGCGGCUGCCCUUUCCUCCUGCCAGGCACGGAUGAACCCCGAACGGGAUGAGGCUGAGCUUGUCUGCUGCUGGGGCUGCUCUGAGGCCCAGGGCAUGGCGAGCGGUUGUUUGGAGCGCAGCUCACAGCUGAGGUGCCUGGACCCAGCUGCCAGCUGUCCUUGGGGAGGGCCCUUUGUCGUCACGGAAACGCACUGUGACAGCAUAAAGGCUGCAGGGGCGCGGCUGAUGUCAUCUGUGCUGGGAUGUGCUCUGGCUGGCUGCCAGUCGAAGCCUCCAGGCUGUUGUCUCAUCAGCUUUUGUGCUGUUGAUCAUCUCUUUUGCCAUUGGUUCGCUUUCCUCUGUUUCCUUGAUCCUUACUUGGUGGCUUUGGCUUUGGCUUUGGCUUUGGCUUUGGCUUUGGCUUUGGCUUGGCUUUGGCUUUGGCUUGGCUUUGGCUUUGGCUUUGGCUUUGGCUUUGGCUUUGGCUUUGGCUUUGGCUGUCAUUUUUUUGCUUUCCUUUUUUUAUUUCCCUUACUUUUCUUUGUUUUCCUUACCUGUGCUUUCCACCGUUUUCUUCAAUUCUGUUGGAUUUUUCUUUGUAGCUUGUUUUAUGCCAUUAUGUUUUUUCUUUCCUUAGAUUACUCCUGUUCAUUUUAUUCUUUGUUCUUUUCUUUCUUCCAUUGCUUUGCUCGGGUUUGCUCUUUUGUAAUGCUUUCCUACCAUUGCUUUGCAUUGCUUGUCAGUUAUUUUGCUUUGCUUUUGUUUUAAUUUUUACUUUGCUUGUUCUCUUUUAUUCCCUUUGCUUGAUUUGUCAUGGUCUGUUUUUAUCCUCUUACUGACUUGUUUUUGCUUUGGUUAGCCUAUUUUUCUCCCCCUUUCUUUCUUUGAAUCCUUUGCUUUGCCUUGAUAUUGCAUUGGAUGUCUUUGCUUUCUCUGUCUUUGCUUUUCU